AAAAUCAGAAAGACGAAAAGGGGAAAAACCCUCUCAAAUCUCACUGUUCUGAUAAAUCCCCUCUCUCAAACGCCCUCCAUCACUAUAUUCUUCCGAUCAUUUGGAACUAGCAAGAAUCAGACUAUUUUUUUGGUGAACAGUGAAAUCGGGCUCUAAUGGCGCUGUACGGGGAUCGGCAAGAGGAGGAAUGGACUCAUGAUUCGGGUUUGGCAGACUCUAUGCAAGUGUAUCCGGAGAGACCGGGUCUACCCGACUGCGCCUACUAUGUGCGAACCGGCUCCUGUGGAUAUGCCGCCAAGUGCCGUUACAACCACCCUCCUGUUCGAACUUCGAACUAGCUCGUUGGGAGUGGGAGAGUGUCCCAAGCGACUAGGGGAGCCCCCAUGCCAGUACUAUUUAAGAACAGGGACCUGUAAAUUUGGUUCUUCCUGCAAGUUUAACCACCCGAAAAAUGAUGGUGCCUCGUUCACUAGUGCACCUCUAAAUACUUAUGGAUAUCCAUUACGGCCGGGAGAGAAGGAGUGCUCCUAUUACUUGAAAACGGGGCAAUGCAAAUUCCAUAUGACCUGUAAAUUUGAUCAUCCUCAAUCAGAUGGAACAUCUGUGUCAGCAUCUGCACGUCCAUUUUAUCCGACGCCGCAGUCUCUUUCUUCCCCUUCUCCUGAGCUAUAUGACAGCACAACAUCCAGCUACAGGGUUGGAAGGCCUUCUCUGUUUCCUGGUUCAUUUGUCGCUGGUGCUUAUGGUCCAAUGCUGCUCCCUGGAGUCGUUCCCAUUCCAAACUGGAGCCCGCACUCAGGACCAGUUAGCCCUGCACCAUCACCGGGUGCUCAAGCCUCAGUUGGAGCAAGUUCAGUGUAUGGACUGUCACAGCUAGGUUCUUCUUCCCCUGCCUUCCGUGGAGCUUAUUCCCAUUUACCGUUAUCUGCUGGCUCUUCAGGCAGUAUAGUACAGGAACAAAAGUUUCCACAAAGACCCGGACAGCCAGAUUGCAAGUACUACAUGAGAACUGGAGACUGUAAAUACGGACCAUCUUGUAGGUAUAAUCAUACAGAGUUUAAUUGUGCUCUUAGUCCUCUUGGGUUGCCUCUUCGUCCGAGGGUGCAGGCAUGCUCUUUUUACAUGCAGAAUGGCCAGUGCAAGUUCGGACGAACAUGCAAAUAUGACCACCCCAUAGCAACUCUGAAAUACAGUCCGGCUUCAUCUUAUACUGAAAUACCAGGGUGAACGCAUUGCAGAUUUGCAGGGUCUAAUGUCGAUCCUGGCAGAAACGGGUUGUGGCAUUCUGGAAACUCUUCCAGUGAUUCUGCAAACCUAACGCUUUAGCAUAGAUGGUUUCUGGUUCUCAAGGUCGAGAAGCUCACCUUCAGAUCUCCAUGUAUGAAUAUGAGCUUAACAAAAGAUGGUCAAAACUAAGUGCAUUUUUCCAUGUGAUAUAGUAUAGGAGUUGUUAAUAUAGUAUAUGAUUUCUAUCCCACAUCGGUUAUGUAACAUAGCCUAGCUUAGUUACUUGUAUAUAUAUGUGGCCUAUGUUUACUAAUGAGAUAUACACUACUACUUUCUCCA